AUGAAUGCAAGCAUGGACGACGCCGCGAUCAGCGAAGGGAAUGCGUUAAACGCAAAAAUUAUCACUAUGGUCUGCCUAUUUAGCGUUUCCAUGAUUGUGGGAUGUGUACCGACUUUGAUUUCAAUGAAAUUCAAUUGGUUUACCCCGAAAAAGGAUACGAAUAUGCGGUCUUCUAAUUCGCUUGUGAUUGGACUGCUAUCGUUCGGUGGUGGAGUUCUGUUUGCGACGACGUUUAUGCAUCUACUGCCCGAAGUUGAUGAAAAUAUUAAGCAGUUGCAAGAGGACGGCAGGUUGCCAGAGUUGCCAAUAUACCUCGCGGCCCUCAUCAUGUGUAGCGGAUUCUUCAUGAUGUACCUCGUCGAAGAGCUAGUCCACGUCUACAUUACCAGCAGAGAGAACAAGACUGCGAAUACCAGUUUUACAAGAGUUUUAAGUAUAAGAAGAAAUAACGAUGAGGAAGAGGGGAAACGCAAGUUAUCAAAACCGCUUAGAGGACUUCUAGUCGUGUUGGCUCUGUCUAUUCAUGAGCUUUUCGAGGGUCUUGCUGUUGGUUUGGAGGCGUCAGCAAGAAGUGUCUGGUAUAUGUUUGGUGCAGUAUCAGCUCAUAAAUACAUAAUAGCGUUCUGCAUUGGAGUUGAACUUCUCGCUGCCGGCACCAAGCGGUGGCUGUCUAUCGUCUACAUCUUCACAUUCUCCUUUGUCUCUGCUCUUGGUAUUGGAGUGGGCAUACUUUUGGUGGGAGGAGCCGGGGCUGCGUCAGCUGGAUUAUAUUCAGUUGUUUUACAGGGUUUGGCCUGCGGUACGCUAGUGUAUGUGGUUUUCUUUGAGGUAUGGAGACAAGACCGUACUGGAAUCAUGCAGUUCCUAUGCGCAGUCGCAGGUUUCGCGCUUAUGGUCGGUUUAGAAGCCGUCGCUGAAUCAUUGCAAGCAGACUACUACGUUCAAUUCCAAUACUCCGCACAUUACAGUGUGCUGACGUCAUUCCAAGAAGAGCAAGAGUCACUCGAUCGAACUCGAUAA